AUGGCACUGUCAUACCCCCAAACGGGGAAGCUCACAUCCGCAGCGAGAACAAAGGGUGGCUUUGUUAAAAAGCUGCAAUCUCCCAAUUUGGGAGAUAACCUAAACACUGCAUCAUUGGAUGAUGAUGAAGACCUGCCACAUAUUGGUAGGACCUCAGGGACAAACCCUGAGGAUCCCAAAAACUUACAUGGGGUAAAUGCGGGGAACAAUACCCUUAGAACCCCAUGUGCCAACAUGAUCUCUCCUAGAAAGAGAGAGUUCUCACCACUGGGUGAGGAGGCAAACAUGCGCACACCUUGCAAUAUUGCAGCAAGCCAGUUCACUCCCAAGUCUAUUUGA